UACCACUCGGCCUUAUAAUCAUGCCUCCUCCUCGGAUCAUCUGUAAGGAGACGUGCAUCUUUCAUCCUAUCUUUCAGCUCCCUUCUUCUCCUCCAUCCCCCCAUCUCCCUCCAUGUCUCGAUCCCGAUUCCCGCCUACACCCGCCAUGUCCGGUGAACUGAUCAUCAAGGAUCAGCCCGUUGACGGCACCGAUGCCUUUGCUCUGCCCCCGGCAGCUCUCAGUCCCGCCAAGGGGGACUCGGCCAGCCGACGUUCCUCGCGAUCAGACCCAACUUAUGUGCCCGCAUCCCCGACAUCCCCCGAACUAGCUGCUCGGGGACGCUCAACUCAACAUGCCCGGUCGGGAACAGCUACCAAGCGACCUCUAGAGGACUUGGAUCUUCCUCCUCCACCAACACGCACUCGCAAAAUUAUCCAAAUGAAGCCUAAAUCACCCGCAACUGCCAAGUCUCCCGCAAAGCCCAAAGACUCGGCCAAAGGAGCAGCUCAGACUGCUGCCGAGCCCGCCAAUGCCACUGCCAGCGCCUCCAAGAAGAAGCAGCCGAGUGCGACCAGUGCUGCCGGCCGCAAGAUUGCUCGCAAGACUGCCCAUAGUCUGAUUGAGCGCCGCCGGCGAUCCAAGAUGAAUGAGGAGUUUGGAACAUUGAAGGAUAUGAUUCCCGCCUGUCGGGGCCAGGAGAUGCACAAACUGGCAAUCCUUCAGGCCAGUAUCGACUACGUCAACUACCUGGAAAAGUGCAUCCAGGACCUCAAGACCAACGGCAGUGCUCACCCCACAGCUGCACCCCCAUCUCCCACCUCCCCAGAAUUCAUUGCCGAAACUGGCACAGACACUGUCAUGCACCAAGCUCCUCGACGCCCUCCCUCUUCCACAUACUACUCCUCCGCCUCCUCUGUCAACUCCCCAGAGAUCUUACCCCCGAACACGCACUUCUACGACGCAUCCCCGUCAUUUUCUCCUCGCACGAGGAUGCCCUCUGUCCACACACUCCCAGAGGCUCCCUCUAUCCUGCCCAGUCCAGCCUUGGGUCCUACUUACGCCUCUAUGGACAAACUUCAAGAUCUCCAAGGCAUUGAUCAUGAAGCAUCCGCUGCCCUGCUGAUGUUGACACGUGACCGCCGUGGUACUGCAGACUCAAUAAGUGAGCACUUCCAGGGUAGCACAGCACUGUCGACGUCAGAAGACAGCCGGAUGAGUGUUGACUCGCAACGAAGGAAAGGCAUGAGCGUGCGGGAUCUUCUGAUCUCAUAGAUGGGAUGUAUUAUGUGUCACGUGCUUGCUCCCUGGAGUCUCAAUUUUUCCUGUUGAUAUUUUGCGGGCGUUUUGAUGGUUUCACAAAUACUCUGGGGUUUUUAGAGUCUGAUUGGUGCGAGGGUUGGAGCGAUUAUAUCCUGGAGGCUUUUUUGGAUUUCUGG